AGAACUGUUCACAUCAGAGCGAACCAAAACAUGGAUAUUAGAGGUCAAUUUGCUCUCCAAGUACAAGAAAAUUUGUCUGCAAGCCACUUCUCAGUAAGCUUUGCUGCCAUCGUUAUGAUUGUCCAUUUGUUUCACUUUUGGUAAUAUCGCUUGUGAUUUAAUUACUCUGCUACUGUGGUUGAUCCUUUUCUUUUUAUUUGUGUUUGUUUAUUGGAGGAGAUUUUGAUCAUAUUGGGUUCUGAAUCUAUUCCUAUUCUCUUACUGCCACCAAGAUCGCACAAUUGCGUCGUCCAGGGUUUGCCUUAAUAUUAGUCUUAGGCUCUUAGCAGCCUGCAAAGUCUUUUUUUCACACAAGUUUUGUAACAUCUGGUAGACUUCUUGGACUAUAUUAGUCUUUAGCAGCUACUAUAUUUAGUCGAGCAAUUGAUGAACCGAUCUUAAUUCUAAGCUAUGUUGUACAUUCUGCGCAGAUUGGUGGACAGGGAUUGUUGUUCUCUCGAUGUCGAUUUACCUGGCAAAGUUCCUGGUUUGGGCUUUUGCUUCAGAUCAAGCUUGGAGCCUCCUCCCUCGUCGCCCUUCUCCCACCCCUUCCCCUUCAUCCAGAUCUCGAACCCUCGUCUGGCGCCUCCGGAGAACGGAGAGGAGAUCCUCGACGGAGAUGGGAGGUGGAUUCACGUGGGGGAUCCUCCUCGCCCACGCCGGCUAUGCCACCAGUCAUUAUAGAGCGAUGCUAAAGAUCGUGGAGGAGUUCGCGAGUCCUCCUAUGAAUGCUUUGGUCGAGAUUCUGCUGGGGUUAGCUUUAUCCAUACAUCCUGAUUCUGAAGAAAAUAGGUACUUGCAUUUCUAUAAAUUUAAUUGAUUACUUCCUCACGUUUCAGUUUUAAAAUUUGCUUUAGAUAUAAUCCAGUCCAGUAUAGUUUAGCCAGCUUAUGCAGAUUGUGCUCAUUGUUGUUGCCAGAUCUCACAUAUUUGCUUCAUUUCUUUAAUUAUCAGCUAACGUUAGUCUGCUAGGUAUCUGAACUGCAAUUAGUUCAAUCUAUGCCUUGACAAUCUAGACUUUGCUUUAUCUGAACAAUAACAUGGACUUUAGAUCAAACUUGAUGCCAAAGCAGAAAUAUGGUAUUCCUGGAUUCAAGUGGGAUGGAACUAGGAAAAUGUUCUCUGUGAUACCUAAGACGCUAAAAACAUGAAGUUUAAUGUUCUCUAGUAUGUUUGUUGGAGACAGCUAAAGGUGUUCGAACAAUGAAGCUAGAUGAUGAGACAUUAAUAUGUAUAGAACAUCUGUAUUUUGCAAGUGGUUAGGUUUUAUGCAUGACCAUAAAGCUUUAGCUGAAGGUGCUUGGUUCUUAAUUCACAUAAUUAGAAAUUUCUUUGGAUAUAGUAGUUUGGUUGGCUAAGGGCAUCUAUUUUUGCAACAUACCGAUAGCAUAGAAGCUGUGUGGUCAGGUGGCUACUUCUUCAAGUACAAUUCUUGUUAUUUCAGGUCCAAUCACCCAGACCAUAGGAGAUGACAACUUUGUGGAAAGUCAUGUUUUCUAUUUUAUUUUUUGACUAAGAAACAUUACUGGAGUUAAUGUUGCUCAUACUUGCAUUUGUUGUAUUCUUGAAUGGUGAUUUGGUUAAACCAAAAGUUCCUCUUAAACGAAAAAUGAAUAGACAAGCAUAAGGUAAAAUGAGCUCCAUGCAUGUAGGUUAUGGAUCUCGAUUGCUGUAGAUGAAGAUUAGUAAUGGAGAUAAGAUUGCUAUACAACCAUCAGUGUUUUAUGAUUUCUUUCAAUAUCACCGUGGGAAGGAUUUCAUGAUAAUUGAACCUCUAGAUAUUUUUGUUGGCUUCUCUUCUUCGAAGUCCAUGUUUCUUGCAUGUUUAGCUAGAAUCCUAGAUAAUAUUCGGCUUUGGCUUACAUUGACUUAUUAGAGGAAGAUGACUUUGACCAGAAGAAGCGAAGAACAUAAAAGGUAACAUGAGUUGAGUAACUUGUAUGGAGCGACCUUUUGCCAACAUGACCGACAUUUUUAAGUCGAAGCUACUAUCAAUGCGACAUCUAAUCAUAUACACAGGAUAUGAAUUUCCUAAUUCUGGAAGUAAAAUUGCUGAGAUUUUUUUAUUCACACCAACUGGUGUCCUCCCUGAUGUCAUAGUUAAAACAGGAUACUGUCUGUUCAUCUAAAAUCUGUUUGUACCAUCUUAAUAAGUGAUAGCCCAUAUGGAAGUGGUACAGAAUUACUCUCUAACAUCAUCUGCUAUGGCUGGAAUAAUCCAUUGGCUCAAUUAAUUGAACUGUGCGAUCUAUUAGGAGUUGCAUUCAGCAAUUUCUAGGUAGAAAGAAUGGUGAAAUUGGAGUAUUGGUUAUACAUUUAGAAAAGUGACGACGGAAUACUAGGUGAGAGAUGGGCUAUGCAAGUUGGAAAAUGUAUUUAGAGAGGAGGGUGAUAUAAGAAGGGAAAGAAUCAGAUGGAAAGAGACCAAACCAGCUUUCAGUUGCAUAGGAGAAAGAGACGUUUAUGAGACUUGGGGGGCAUAUAUUGGAGUUAGGGGUUGAGCAGAAGAGAAAGAUAGGAGUCAAUGCAUAUAAUAAGUGAGAUGUCAGGAUCAGAGAUAAGAUGAUACUUUAGGAUUGCGGUAACAGGACUUUUAGGGUUAAGAGGAUCUUUUUUUCUCUUUUUGUGAUUAAGGAAGUUAAUACAGUUGAUACUUCUUAUGUUUAGUUUGUAGAGGUCAUCAGUGACAUGACAUCUAUUCCUUUCGAUGGUGUCCAUCUUCAUAUGGUUUAUUAUGCAUACGUGAAAUGCAAGAUUUUCUCCUUGCCAGCCAACCAUUAUUUCAUGAUUUUCACUCAUCGUGGCAAAGCAGCACUUAAGUUGGAGAAAUAGGAUUUCCCAAGGCACAGGGAAUCUGAUGCCAGUUCAGCCUGAUCAAAUUACACCCUGUAGUUUUCUUCACAAAACAUGUAGUGGAAGUUGAUUAUUUUCAUGUUUUCCUCAUCUCUAGUAGUUUUGUAAUUUUUUAAAGUCAUUUUUGCCAAUCAAACAUAUAUGGUUUGGACGUCUCUUAUUUGUCUCAUCCGACGGUGACCAGUGCUAAGACAUCGAGUAUUAUGAGUACGAAACCAUACGGAUUAGUACUAUAAAGAAUACAUCACACUUAGUACAUUAGAUAGAGGUAAACAAGCCCACAACUAGGACUCUAGGAAGACAACCACAAGUAGAACUCUAGUACAUUAGUGCUAAGACAUCCGAGUAUUAUGAGUGGGGAACCGAAGGAUUAGUACUAAAGAAUAUAUCACACUUAGUACAUUAGAUAGAGAUUAACAAGCUCGCAAGUAGAACUCUAGGAAGACAACCUGAAACAUGAUACCUAGUACUACACGAAAUGAAGCGAGAAGCUUCAAGACAUGCACCCUUUUUUGAAUCACAUGAUCAUGGCCUUGUGCCUUGACGGCCUCUAAGACCAGCAGCAGCAGGUGUCCCCGGAAUGUUACCAAUGAUGGGAAUGGUGCCUAAGCCAGGGGUCCCAAAGCCGAAAUGUGGACCCAAGGGGUUGCCAUAAAAGCCACCGUAACCGAAGAAGUUCUGAGGUUUGUAAGCCUUGGCCUUGCUUGGGAUGCUUCUUCCUCCUUCAAGGCACACCACAUAGGUGGCCAGGAGCAGAGCAUGGAGGAGCAGCACCACCUUAGUAGACCUCUCCAUGGCCCUUCUUCCUCACACCAGAUAUAUUACGGAAGCAGUGGAGGGUGAUGAGCCACAACCCAAUUUAUAGCAAGGGAUAAAGAGAGACACUUAUUAAGUGAAGUAAAUGAAGAGCAGAUAGAGCUUUGAAAGAGCUGUGUGUUACCAGGCCUGUUGCCAUGUGAUCCCCCUUCAAUUACUUCCCAUUUAUGAGCAGCAGCGGAGUCCAAGCUCUGUUCUGGAUUCUUUUGACCGUGAUGUCUGAGUGUCAAAUUCAUGGCUCCGCAGAGGAGCGUGUGGAUUGGGGGUCGAUUUCUAUUGAUAUGGGACUACUGGAAGGUAGCAGAGAACCCAUGUGAACGAGUUGGUGCAAUUAAAAUUCCUGGCCAUCAUUUCUGAACUCUCAACUAAAUGCUCUCUGUACAUGCAGAUACCACCUACCUGGCAACACAGUGGAAAUUAUGUUAGGCUCCAAAAUCUAAGUUGGUUAACUUCUUAUCAGCUUACCAUUUUCAGGGUCAACCGUAAUAAUCAAGCUAAAUCCUAGUGUUAUGAUAUCAGAACACCACUUUGCUUUCUUCGUUCUAGUAUAUUUUUUUUUUUGUAUCAUUCAUUCAUGCUUGAAAACCCUGUGAAGAUGGACUGCUGCUGCAAGACCCGCUGCUUCAUUCUCUCCACCAUCUUGGUAGAUCUCAAGCAAUUAGAGAACCUUGCCUAGGCUUUCAAAAGCUGGCAGUGAGAAGAAGUGCACUUUUAGUCCAGAGCUGAAGGUUUACCCUGGUUGAAGAGGAAAUGAGAGAUCAGAUCAAGCAGUUGUGCACUCCUGCUGUAGCCAGGAUGAUGGGUAAGACUUGGGCUCACAGAAAACAACGCAUCUGUGAAAGGUAGCUCGCAGUAGGGCAUUAAACAGCAGAAGACAUUAUCAACAUAGCAGCAUGGAUUAAAUCCAACUUCUCUCUAAUUCCUGCAUCACCAAAACUCCCUCUGACCUCGUCUGGAACAAAUCAAGUCAUACAGUUCAACUGAGAUGAUCAAGUCACAACUGAAGUAAUUGCCUUCCAAUUCUUGCCAAUAAGAUGGCAAUUAUAUGAUGGGGUAGCCCAAUUAUUAUUAUCAAGUCCAAUCUUGAUUCAGGAGUUCGAGUGUGGCCAAACAAAUUAAUCUUCUUCUAUCUUCUUGGUGGACCAAAUCUUACAACCACUUCCAACUUUAUCAUCUCAUUUGGAGAUUGUACAAAGUUGAGUGGAAUCAAACCCAAUCUUCAUCAUGGAAAAGAAGAAUGGAAACUAAUCGGACUCCUCUUUUAUACCAAUUGAGAAAGACAUCACCUUACCUCUUUUUUGUGUUUUUUUGGUCACCUUAUAUCUUCUUACCCACGUAAAGAGUAAUAUUGAAUUGGAUGAAUGAUUCAAGCAGAGAAUUUUGCAUUGAGAUAGAGUUUACUCUGUCUUUUUACAUAUCAACGUUGCCUUCUUCAGUCCCAACUCAAAAUGCAUAUAUGAGACAAAACUUAGUUGCAGUUUAAAUGCAUAAAUUAUUUCCAUCAGCAUGUAGGUUUUCAGAUAUGAAAUCAAAUCAGAAAACUAAGAGGCAUGUGCAGAUAAGAUAGUCUACGAGUUUGAAAGAUUUUAUCUGACAAGUUCUAUACACAUUUUGUUCAAGCUUUUUCUCAAGAUAGUGCAUUUCCAUCUGCAUUAUCACGAAGAAAACAGAACAAGAGAACUAUGGAUCACUGAAAAUUCUUCGUGUCAGAAAAGAAAUAAGCACUAAGGCCAAUAGGAGGGCAGACUUUGGCUGUUGCCAUCCAAGCAAUCUUCACCUUCAACCUGAAACUUGCUGUGGCAGUUAAUCUCAGCAUUCUUCCCCAUACUGCAUCCAGUUGGUGUUCUUACAUCACUAUCUGCCUGCGAGAGGGUGUGCUGCAUGAAACCACCAUAUUGAACCAUGGAGAUCGUAUCAGAUAGUGGCACCAUAUGACUCAGGUUGACAUCCGAAGUCGCAGAUGACAGAAGAGAGAGAGCACAAUCGAACAUCCUGCUGCCGCUGCUCCUGCCAUCGUAGGGAGUGACUGCACAAAGAUUCAGCUGACUUUGAGUGGCUUUGUUCCCAGUUUCACCAUCCUGAAAGAUGUGCAGCUGCUUUCUCUCUCCGCCAAAGCUGUAAGAGAUGGAAAAGUUAUGGUGGCUGAUGAGUUGUGGAGGAGUUCUCUUCUCAGUUCUUCUCACAUCUCCAGCCCAGUUUGACUCUGCUGCAGUAGUUGGAUAUACCAGAGGGUAUGUAGAAACCCCUGUCACCGUGCAUGAGAAAGAAAUGGUUAGUGCCAUAAUACAUGUACAAAGUGUGAUGUGGUACACAACCCAGAAGAGAACAGCUACAGCAAUGUCAAUCAAAGAGGUAAACAGAGUUGCACGACGCAAGCUGAUCGAAAUAAAGCGUCCGAAGUGCUUCACUUCCAACAAAAGGUACCUCCUUGGCGAUCUGAGAACAAUCUUCCCGAGUUUGUAGAAUCUGGUUGGGACUUCCUUCGACGCUUGUUAUGCCCAUCAAGGCGUCUCCUACAGCUUCGCUUUACCUCAUCGAAUUCUUGUAGCAGAUGAAACCUACAGAGAAAGGAAGAAGGGAAGAAUACUGAGCUUCUUCUUUGGGAAGAGAGAGACAAAGUAGAGGAAUUCCAAGAACAAUUGAGCUUUGGUGGUUAGUCCUAAACAUCAAGAGAGGAGCUGUGGCACAACCGAAGGGAAUACAACAUCUCUGCUCUGUUACCUGCUGCAUUGCUGGCAGAAGCGCUGCUCCUGACCGCGGACCACCACCACCGGCGUCUUGGAGUGCGCCUCGCAGACCUUAUGACGCCGGUGAUACUCCCUGCACUUACUAAGAUCUGCCGUGCACCCAUCGACCGAGCACGACGCGCCAUUUGCCGGCGAUCGCGAUCGCGCUCGCGCCCUCUUCGUUGGACCAGAUGGAGACGCCGCCGCCGUCGUCGUCGAUGCAGCAGCUUGGUCGUUCGUCUUGUCUGGCAACCCGAAGCAACCGCUGUUCGACCCGACCGCCGCCGAGCCUACGCUCAGCUCGGCGUCCCGGCCCAGUUCUUCCGGGUUCCAUGGAGAUGCCACCACGGAGUGGAGCGAGCAAGGAAACCAGAACCAUGGUUCCGAGAAAUCAACAAGGGAGCGAGCUGAGGAAAGAUCGAUGGGGUGAACCAACUUAGCAAACAGCCAGAGAAAGCUAAUGCAAAGAAAGAAGAUCCAACAACAGCAUCAAGAAACCAGCUUAAAAGUGCAUGACAAGAAUCAACGAGUAGCUAACAUGGCAUCCAUAUCAGACCAUGGAAACCAUCGAGCACAACAACCCAAAGAGGGAGGAGAUGACCGAGGUUAGUAGGGUACGUACGUGCACAGGGAGGCAACAGCAGCCCGGGGAGACUGAUCAUGCAACGCCUGACAUGGAUUCCAAAGACAACAACGACUAUGAAGGGGGGGGGGAAGUCCUGUUGCUGCUCCUGUUCACCUUAUCAUGCACCUCCGCGGGGGAGCAGGCAAGCAUGUGAGUUGGUGGCGUAUAGGUAACAAUUAUUGGAAGGGGAAGGGGUAAACAGUCACCCUCGGUGUUGAAUGAGCCCAUGUUCUCUCCUUGCAUGAGUUGGCAAAACACUUGAGGCCUACGCGUCAUUGGAUAUGUGCCGAACUACGUUCUUAUCCUUUGUCCAACACUGGUUCUCUAUGAUUAAAGCUCGAGCAAUGUGCCUUGCGAGGGAAGUGUGCCGAAGGACAUCUGCAGCUCCCCCACCUACCCCCACGAUAGAUAGAGGAAGCGUGAGGAAGAUGGAAGCGGAUCAGUGGAGUACUAACUCCAUAUCGUCUGCUUGCAUCAAACAUGCUCGUGUCUCCGUCGAGGCAUUUGUGUGGUGGUGUAUUUAUAUAUUCGAGUGACUUAUACGUGGUUUAAUGGAAUGGAAAUUUGGAAUCGAGCAUUUUUGUAUGGUGUUUAAUAUAAUAAAAAAAAUUAAUGAAGAAAAAUGCAUGCUCGCUUUCUUCUAAGGAUCGGAA